UUUUCGAAACUCAAAUAAACUUAAUAUCAAAAUGUUUUCCCUUCCAGUUCGACGUAAUGGAAGGGAGUCAUGUGUAUUGUAUGUAUAUAUAUAUAUACAUAUUUAUCUUCAGAGUUCACCUAAAUUCUCUAAGGCUGACGUGUGAUUGACAUUCCAAGCAACAUACACUACAUUCGCAAGUUUUGCGCAAAAGUAAAACAGUCAUACCUGAAAAUGGUUUUGGUCGUGGCGAGUAUAGACUUUGGCACCACAUUCUCAGGUUGGGCGUAUUCCUUCACGCAUGAAAAUGAAAUGGAUCCAACUGAUGUUAAAGCAAAGAACUGGAACGCAGAUCAGUUCAUUUCUGCUAAAGCACCAACAUGCGUGCUCAUCGAGUCAGGUGGCAGAAAAGUCGAGGCCUUUGGCUAUGAGGCAGAAAACAGAUAUGCAGAACUUGCUUCAGAUGAUGAACACAAAGAUUGGUAUUUCUUCAAGAAGUUUAAAAUGACCUUGUUCAUAAACCAGGGAACAAUCGGACGAUCAACAAUGUUGGAAGACGAGACUGGAAAACAACUGACGGCACUAACUGUAUUUUCGUUAACAAUAAAACACCUUCAAGACGAUCUUUUCGAAGCCCUUAAUCUUAAAAUGGCGGGUGGUAUCAGCCGAAAGGACAUUCACUGGGUGCUGACUGUGCCAGCUAUUUGGAAUGACAGUGCGAAACAGUUCAUGAGAAUGGCCGCAAGAGAGGCCGGGACAGAGAUGGGACAUCUGAACCUUGCGUUAGAGCCCGAGGCAGCUUCAAUCUACUGCUGUCAUUCUAAGAUUACGAAAACCCAAGACUCCGAAGUCGCCAGUAUCGUAAAUGUGUCAACGUUCAAUGCCGGCACACGAUAUUUGGUUUGCGAUGCUGGAGGUGGAACGGUGGAUGUUACGGUACACGAGGUGACGUCAGAUAUGAAACUGAAAGAGAUCGAGAAAGCCAGUGGCGGGGCGUGGGGUUGUACAAAGGUUGACGAGGCGUUUGAAAAGUUUGUUGAUGGAAUUUCAGGUUGCAGUGUUAUGAAAAAACUUAAAGAUUCUAACAUGGAGGACUAUCUUGAUAUUAUGAGGACGUUUGAGAUAAAGAAAAGAGAAUGCAAGAACUCGUCGACAGGAAAAGUAAUAAUAAGGAUUCCAUCUAGUGUAUGCGACAUUGUCGUCGAAUUGACACAAAAAACAUUGCAAGAAAACAUUAAAGGUUCUUCAUAUAAAGGAAAAGUAAUAUUGGAUCGUGAUAAGCUCAAGUGUGAGGCGAGUGUCAUUGCAGAGCUUUUCACUGAGCCCGUUAACUGUAUCGUUGGUCAUUUAUAUUCGCUGUUGUCUAAGUACAAGAAUAAACCUAUCAACCACAUCGUCAUGGUCGGUGGCUUCUCUGAAUCACCGUUGCUGCAGGAGGCAAUAAGAAGCAUGUUUCCAGGAAAGCACGUGACCAUACCACAGGACGCCGGACUGGCCGUUAUGAAAGGUGCUGUUAUGUUCGGUCACAACAAACGUCAGAUUGUGUCCAGGAUCGCACGAUUUACUUAUGGAAUAAGCGUUUUCAAAAAGACACGACAAGAACGGAUAGAUUCUUGUUUUGCAAAGUUUGUUGAAAUAGGACAAUCUGUACCGACAGACGGGUCCACUGGAAAACGCCAUUUCUGUCAUAAGCCCGGCGAAACGACCGCUAUAGUUCCUGUGUUUGCUACGAAGGAGAAACAUCCUGUGUUUGUACACGAUCCUGGGAGCUUUGAAAUUGGAUACUUUCGUAUAAAUUGUAAAGACAAGUACGGGGACAUCUCGGACGUGAAUCUUGAAAUGUACUUCGGUGGAACUGAAAUCAUAGUCAAAGCCAAGCUAGAUACUACAGGGGAGGAAAUAACGGCAACGUUUGAUAUACCUGAUUAACUGAAAAAACUAUGCAUAUUUUAGAAUUGAAUGAACGCCUGCAUGUAAUAAUAUCGAUAAGUUUAUAUAAAAAUGCAUCAUAUCAAUUAUCUUUUUUUAUAGUUUCUGAAAUCGUGCCAAUAUAAUAGAAAACAAGUUUA